CGGGCCUAGCAAAACGAUAACAUUGCUGAAGUCUGAAAGACGAAAAGGAGAACGUGUUUGUCGAAAAGAAAAUAAUUAUUGAAAUCUCCCAGACAUUGCAUUAACAAAUGUGAGUUGCACGUUUACACUUCUUUAUUUUGUGUUAAGAUAACCGAAAUACAUGGUAUAAUUUCGAUGUAAGCUUGAGGGUCAAUCAAAGGACCGGCUGAAGCCUGUUAGCUAGCCAACUAACGUUAGCUAGCCAGCUAACAGAUCAACUGGCUAUCAUCGUCAGUUUGCUACUGCGGUCAGCUAGCUAGUCAAUUUAUUGUGAACCAUUUGCGGGGCAUGGUAUACUAAAAUUAUACUUGUGGUGUUUGGAACGGUUGCUCAUUGAAAAUCCACUCAAAUGCCAUUUGAUCAGCUUCAUUUACAGCAACAUUAAAGGUCCAAUGCAAUGCAGCCGUUUUUAUCUCGAUGUCAAAUAAUUUCUGGGUAACAAUGAAGUACCUUACUGUGAUUGUUUUCAAUUAAAAUGGUCAAAAAUAAACAAAUAGCUUCUUAGCAAAGAGCUAUUUCUCAAGCAAAUACCUGUCUGAGUGGGGAUGGGAAAACCGAAAACUAGCUGUUAUUGGCAAAGAGGUUUGGAACUCUCUUUAUUAUUGAUCUAUCAGAAAAUUUACUGCCUGGUGAUUCCACCAGGCAGGUCAAAACUCAACAGGCUGACAUUUCAGGUGGUCUUUUCAAACAGUUUUUACAGUAAAAUGGCAUGAUCAUCAUUUUCACAAUUUCAGUGUUAUUCCAACCUCAGUGUGAAAAAAAUAAAAAAAUAUAUAUGUGUGUGUGUGUGACACAGGAAAAUCACGUUUUUGACUGCACUGAGCCUUUAAUAUAAUCCUCAACACACUUUUGAUGCGACUUCUUCUACUAAUGUCAUAGCUACUGAGUUGGCUUGAAAAGGCUGGAUGGCUAACAUUAGCCAUUCAUACUAGCUAGUCUUCUAUCUAACUUUAUUAGUUAAAGAUUCCUUUAACUAAUGCUUCCUCUGCGGAAGCAUAGUUCCCGCUCAGCCCAGUCAAAACUGUUCGCUGCUCUGGCACCCCAAUGGUGGAACAAGCUCCCUCACGACGCCAGGACAGCGGAGUCACUCACCACCUUCCGGAGACAUUUGAAACCCCACCUCUUUAAGGAAUACCUGGGAUAGGAUAAAGUAAUCCUCCCCCCCCCCCCCCCCCCCCCCCCCCUAUAGGGUGAAUGCACCAAUUUGUGAGUCGCUCUGGAUAAGAGCGUCUGCUAAAUGACGUAAAUGUGCCCUUGAGCAAGGCACUUAACCCUAAUUGCUCCUGUAAGUCGCUCUGGAUAAGAGCGUCUGCUAAAUGACUAAAAUGUAAAUGUUUAUGUAGCUAUCCAAAGCCUUUUCUAACUUUCAGCUGAGUGUGUGGCCUGCUGUCGAUAAUCUACAUAGUCCAUUCUCACUGUCAACAUGUGUCUUUGUCUCCCUCACAGAUGUUGGAAGACCUCAGUAUCAGCAUCUGAAGACUGUUUACGGCAUGACCUUUGUUUACUAAACAUACAAUAGCCUACUGAGCCCAGCGCCAAUUAGGUAUCCUCUGAACAGUGUAUGAACAAGCUCAUUCACAAUGGAAACCGAAGCAGUAAGUUAGCUAGCUAGCCCUUUUUAAAGAUUAAAAGCAUGCAUUCUGCAGUGUACUAACAAGAGAUUGUGGUAGCCUGGAUGCCAGUCUGUUUCUACCCUCCAGCCUACUCAUUGUGUUGACAAUGACAGCAAAGCUGGCAAGAGCACAGAUCUGGGACCAGGCUACAUCUUUGGUGUGUUGGAAAAACUAACAGCACGUUUCUUACCGCUAUUCAGGAGGUUAUUCCUAUUUGGCAGAACAAGCCUCAUGGGUCGACUCGCAGUGUUGUGAGGAGAAUAGGCUCUAUUGUGCCCAUGAAACCCCCACCCAGGGCAUGUUUCCAGGUAAAUAUGGUCAUUAUCAAAUUCAACACAUGCCAUAGCAUAAGUACACAGUACAGACAAUGACUUGCUGUCAGAAGGCCAACCUUGUGGCCAAAUUGCAUUAAAGGUGCUAACAAAGAGAACCUGCACCUGUUUACCAGGAACUCCCAGGCCUCCCUCCUCUGCGGCCCAUGGAUGGCCCCAUGGUGCCCACACUGGCAGACAUUGCCUGGAUCGCAGCAGAUGAGGAGUCUGAGACCUAUGCCAGAGUGCGGUAAGUAUGUGCUUUUCUCACCCAUAGUGCAGAAGAAUGUUGCUGCUGAACUUGAGUAUGUUCCUUCAGUGGGGCAGCAAAAAAUGAUGUCAGCUAUCGUGGGUUCUAAAUAAUUGGCCUAUUGGUUAUGCAAGCAUUAGUUAUGACAAAGGACUCUCUGGUAGGUGUGGUAGAUUUCCACUGUAUUUGUGUCUGUCAAUCUUGGGUUUUCACCUCCUGUUCUUUUAAUGCAAGAGUUUUCUAGUGGUCAAUUUCUUUUCUCAGGAGCGAUUCACGCCCGCUGAGACACGAGUGGCGACCCACGCCUCUCCUGGUUAUGCACAGGAACUCCUCAGUGCCCAACUUCCGCCGCGACGUCAAGAAGGUGGAGACGCUGAGGAAGCCUGCGGUGACGGCCAUGAACCGUACCACCUCCCUGCAGGACGAGCUGAGCAGACUCCGCUCCCAGAUCGCCAAGAUCGUAGCCACAGAAUCUGGUAGGGAAUUUGUAAAGGAAUUUUAAGAAAAAUUAAGGAUUCUAGCUUUAAUAUCUAAAAUAUUUUUCAUUAUGCUCCUAGAUUUCUUUGUGCGCGCCUACAUUUUUCAACUUAGGUGCACACGUGCUCCUUGUAAAAAAAAAAAGGUCAGCGUAGAGCCCUGCCUAAGUGUCUAUCAGUGGAGGCUGGUGGGAGGAGCUAUAAGAGGACAGGCUCAUUGUAUUGGCUGCAAUGGAAUGCAGUCAAACAUGUGGUUUCCAUACGUUUGAUACUGUUCCAUUUAUUCCAUUCCAGCCAUUACAAUGAGCCCGUCCUCCUAUAGCUCAUCCCACCAGCUUCCUCUGGUGCCUGUAUACAGUAUCUGACGCUUUGUCAUUUAUGCAGCCAGGGGAUUGUCUUAAGAGUUGCUUUUUACGUGUCAGAAUCUUCAAUAUGGCUGUACUUAAUGCAGUGAUGUGUAAUAAUAAGAGCCUCCUGUAAUAAUCAACCUCUGUUACCAUGUGUAUAUUUACAAGACGUAUGUGUCUUAUUGGUCGUUGGGAUUGUAUGUCUUAUGUCGUGGAUGCAUUAGCAUAUAGUCAUUGUUGCAGAGAUUAUGAUGACCAGUGUCACAUGCUAUAGCCAUGCGCUGUUAGAUGACACUGGAGUUCUUAUAAGGCAGAUAACCUGAUUUUCCUAGGCGAGCGUAGGGCUGGCCCGCUGAAGACGAGCGUAGGGCUGGCCCGCUGAAGACGAGCGUAGGGCUGGCCCGCUGAAGGCGAGCGUAGGGCUGGCCCGCUGAAGACGAGCGUAGGGCUGGCCCGCUGAAGACGAGCGUAGGGCUGGCCCUCUGAAGACGAGCGUAGGGCUGGCCCGCUGAAGGCGAGCGUAGGGCUGGCCCGCUGAAGACGAGCGUAGGGCUGGCCCGCUGAAGACGAGCGUAGGGCUGGCCCGCUGAAGACGAGCGUAGGGCUGGCCCGCUGAAGACGAGCGUAGGGCUGGCCCGCUGAAGACGAGCGUAGGGCUGGCCCGCUGAAGACGAGCGUAGGGCUGGCCCGCUGAAGACGAGCGUAGGGCUGGCCCGCUGAAGACGAGCGUAGGGCUGGCCCCUGAAGACGGGCGUAGGGCUGGCCCGCUGAAGACGGGCGUAGGGCUGGCCCUCUGAAGACGAGCGUAGGGCUGGCCCUCUGAAGACGAGCGUAGGGCUGACCCUCUGAAGACGAGCGUAGGGCUGACCCUCUGAAGACGAGCGUAGGGCUGACCCUCUGAAGACGAGCGUAGGGCUGACCCUCUGAAGACGAGCGUAGGGCUGACCCUCUGAAGACGAGCGUAGGGCUGGCCCGCUGAAGACGAGCGUAGGGCUGACCCUCUGAAGACGAGCGUAGGGCUGGCCCUCAAAGUGAUGGGCUUUGGGAUUAAAACUGAAAGCACACUGACCUGCCUGCCCAUGCAUUAGAAGCUCUUCAGAGGACUCUGUAUUUUAAAUAGCCUGACCAUGUGACCCCAGUGCAGGAGACGAUUUGAUUGCCAAUCUGCGUCCAUUUAAGGCUCUGUCCCAAUUCUGAGGUUUAUUUAUGGGAAAAUAAAAAAAUCUGGAUAAACUCUGAAAAGUGUGAUAACUAGCCUCUCUCUGCUCUGUUCUUCUAAAGGCUCCAACCCCUUGACCCCCGACCUCCUGUCCCCCGACGACACCAGCAUGAGCUUUUCCAUGGCGCCCUUCGAGACGGCGCCCUACCAGCCUGCCGCCUCAGCCUCAUUUGUCAUCAGCGACGUGACGGAAGAGGAAGAGGAGGAAGAUGAAGACGAGGAUGUGGUGUCUGUGGUUUCGGAGCUGAUGCCGGACCCCAUGCCGCCCGCGAACAUGUCUGCCUCCAUGACGGCCUCGGCGACCUUUGACCUGGACCAUCCCUGCAUGGACUUCCGGGAGGCGGAGGAGGACACAGUGUCACUGUCGAAGUCCACCAGCUUUGCCGACGUCAUGGACAUCCUGAAGGACAUGAACCGCAUGAAGAUGAGCAAGGACAGGUAGGUUAAAGGGAGAGUCAGGACAUGGAGAUGGAGGUUAAAGGGAGAGUCAGGACAUGGAGAUGGAGGUUAAAGGGAGAGUCAGGACAUGGAGAUGGAGGUUAAAGGGAGAGUCAGGACAUGGAGAUGGAGGUUAAAGGGCGAGUCAGGACAUGGAGAUGUAGGUUAAAGGGCGAGUCAGGACAUGGAGAUGGAGGUUAAAGGGCGAGUCAGGACAUGGAGAUGUAGGUUAGGGCGAGGUCAGUACAUGGAGAUGGAGUUAAAGGGGCGAUUUCAGGACAUGGAGAUGUAGGUUAAAGUCGAGUCCCGACGGGAUUUAGUUUAAGGGCGAGUCGGACAGGGAGAUGUAGUUUGAAGGCAGUCAUGGACAUGGAGGAAAUGUAGGUUAAGGGCGAGUCAUGGACAUGGAGAUUGAUGUUUAAAGGAGUCGAGUCAGGACAUGGAGAUGUAGGUUUGAAAGGGCGAGUCCAGGACAUGGAGAUAUUGAGGUUAAAGGGAGAGUCCGGACAUGGCAGAUAGAGGUUAAAAAAGGGCGAGUCCAUGGACAAUGGAAGAUUGAGGGUUAAAAGGGAGAGUCAGGAGACGGAGGAAAAUGGCUUCCUCUCAUGUCCAUUAGUACACACACAGUCUAAAUACCAUGUCAGCAGAAGGUGUAUGAUAAUGCAUUGGCAGGAAUCAAGGACAACUGGUCAUCGUCCCGUUUUCCACAGCUAGAGGAAUCAAUUAGGUCAAGGAUGGGCAACUUUGAUGUGGGGGGUGGGUCACAAAAAAUCUGAACUCAUUAUGAGGGGCCGCAGUGGCUUGCUGGUCUGCAUUCCCACAUUCAUACCUACACGUAAUGGGGGAUGAAAUCGAUACAGUUACAUAUUGCAAUAUUAUUUUUGAACGAUAUUAUACCAAUAUUUGACUCCCAAGUAUCGAUAAAAAAAAAAAUAUAUAAAACAACUUUUUUUGCUGCUGUUGGUAACGUGAGCUUGCUGUACCUGCGCCAAAAUGCCGGUAUUUUUCAUCCUAUAGCUUGUAACUCAUUUUCUCAUGCUCUCUAGUCUCUCUGCAGCAGACAUAUAGUGAGCAAUAUGUUUGGAACAUCAAAUCACAAAAUCACAGUAUUGAAUCGCAAUGCAGUGCCUUCGGAAAGUAUUCAGACCCCUUGACUUUUUCCACAUUUUGUUACGUUACAGACUUAUUCUAAAAUGGAUAAAAUAAAAUAAAACCUCUUCACCAAUCUACACACAAAACCCCAUAAUGACAAAGCGAAAACAGGUUUUUAGAUAUUUUUGCAAAUUUAUACAAAAUAUACAGAUACCUUAUUCACAUAAGUAUGAGACUCGAAAUUCAGCUCAGCUACAUACUGUUUCCAUUGAUCAUCCUUGAGAUGUUUCUACAACUUGAUUGCAGUCAACCUGUAGUAAAUUCAAGUGAUUGGACAUGAUUUGGAAAGGCACACACCUGUCUAUAUAAGGUCCCACAGUUGACAGUGCAUGUCAGAGCAAAAACCAAGCCAUGAGGUCGAAGGGCUGGGGCGAAGGUUUACCUUCCAACAGGACAACGACCCUAAGCACACAGCCAAGACCUUGAGUGGCCCAGCCAGAGCCCGGACUUGAACCUGAUCGAACAUCUCUGGAGAGACCUGAAAAUAGCUGUGCUGCAACGCUCCCCAUCCAACCUGACAGAGCUUGAGAGGUUCUGCAGAGAAGAAUGGGAGAAACUCCCCAAAUACAGGUGUGCCAAGCUUGUAGCGUCAUACCCAAGAAGACUCAAGGCUGUAAUCGCUGCCAAAGGUGCUUCAACAAAGUACUGAGUAAAGGGUCUGAAUACUUAUGUAAAUGUCAUAUUUCAGGUUUUAUUGUUAAUAAAUUAGCAAAAUAUUCUUAACUGUUUUUGCUUUGUUAUUAUGGAGUAUUGUGUAUAGAUUGAUGAGGGGAAAAACAAUUUUAUAAAUGUUAGAAUAAGGCUGUAACGUAACAAAAUGUGGAAAAAGUCAAGGGGUCUGAAUACUUUCCGAAUGCACUGUAGAAUCGUGAGAAUUGCAUAACCUAUCGUAUCGUUACCUAAGUAUCCUGAUAAUAUCAUAUUGUGAGCCUUAAUACCCACACAUUGUCAGCCGGCCCUAGCCUUUUAGGGGCACUAAGCUACAGCAAAAUUUACAGCGGAGAGAUUUGUUUUGUUUUUAAAUUAAUUUCCUUUAAUUUUACACAUUUUGCCAUGGGGUGUAGAGAAAAUGUUGCUGUUUUUAAAGCAAGUUUGAUGCAAUUCUACACAUUUUGCCAUGCAGCGAAAAGAAGAUUUAGCAAUUUUAUAACUAAUAUGAUAUCUGAGUAAGUGUGACUUACAACAUUUAUGGCCCCCCCCCCGGUCCGACAAUCGACCAUGAUUACUACAGGUUUAGAUACACUAAUUUACCAAUCAAAAAAUGUUAGCUGAGCUAAUUGAGUGACUGUCAGAGACUGACGCAACAAGAGACAAACUGCUAAUGCACAACCAAAUUUCGAAAUGGCACCAGUACGUUGAGACCUCGACUGAGUUCCUAAAAAUAUAUAUAUAUAUAAAUAUAAUCUUUUUUUUGGGGGGGGGGGGGGGGGAAUGUGGGCCUACAAACGGGGGGUUCAGCCACCAGUUGCCAUCCCUCAAUUAGGUCAUGAGUUUCAGUUUGUCUUUGUACCAGACCAUGCUCUUAACGUGUCCAUGCAGGUGCAGCAGAGGCUGCACCUCCCUGAUGGGGGAGUCGGACUCCGCCUCACUGAUCUCCGAGGCCCUGAGGAAGAAGUUUACCCUGAAGGAUGAAGACAUCAGGGGGAUGAAGAAACACAACUAGAGCCUCCGUAGUCAUCCACCUCCCCACGUAAGUCAGGCCACACAGAAAGUAGUCCCUCUCCACAGACAUUCAUACAGAGUAUGGCUUGCAAGAUUAGACAGAAACAGUUGUUAUUGGGUCUCAUCUAUCAAGCUUUAUUUUGAAAAUGUUCAAUUGCCAGUGGACUUUCCAAUGUGUGUUGCAUGCCAGGAUUUUACUCUUGGUUCGCAGAGGUCUCUCAUUGUUUCCGUGUCUCUCUUCUGUUGCCAGGCCUGUGCCUGACGACCCAGUCCCCGUGGAGACCCGGCUGCACCUCAUCAACCGUGGCAACAGCUAAACCAGACAUCUGGAAAAACAAACCACCUCCUCCCAAUAGGCCCAGUCAGUCAGAACCCAACCAAAUAUAAACCAUACCCUAGCUAUUAAAAAUAUUGCCUAGUCAGACCAUGGUAGCAGCUGGCUGAUAAGUGGUAUUAGAUGGGUACUGUUUGAUGUAGCACAGAGAAUUUUAGACCAACCGUAACUUGUCGAUACUUCCUCAAUUCCCGACUUGGAA